UUUAUGGUUACGCAAAACAGGCAUGUGUUAUAAGCUGGACGUCGCUGCUUUUCUGGAGCAGAAGACGCGCUGAACUGUGUUGGUGCUGAGCUUAGUCGUCUUCCUCGGCUCUCUUUAGAAAUAUUUGAGCUCAGCUUUGACUUUAGUGCACUUUUGCAGCGCAGACUGUGGGGUUUGAGUCAGUGAGCUCGCUCGUACCGGACCUAGCUUACCUGUGGUGCCUUUGCUGGCGUUUAAAGGGUUUGUUUAUAGUCUUCGAGAUGUACAUCGUCGCCGAGCUGCUCGUGGUGUCCUUUAAAGUCAUUUGGUCGUUCGUGUUGGCCGGGGCCAAGUGGCUCGUAAAGCCCCGGGAAAAGAGUGUGGAGGGGCAGGUCUGUGUCAUCACCGGGGCUGGAAGCGGACUUGGACGGCUCUUCGCGACCGAGUUCGCCCGGAGAAGAGCCACCCUGGUGCUGUGGGACAUCAACAGAGAGGCCAACGAGGAGACGGCGGAGAUGGUGCGGGACAUCUAUCGCGGAAUGGCUCCGUCCAAAGGGUCUGGAGAUGGAGUUCAAGACUUGCCAUUGUUCCAGCCCCAGGUUUACACCUAUGUGUGUGAUGUGAGCAAGCGUGAGAGUGUGUAUUCAACGGCAGAAAAGGUGCGAAGAGAAGUGGGCAACGUCGCCCUCCUCAUCAAUAACGCCGGAGUGGUCUCCGGACACCAUCUCCUCGAAUGUCCUGAUGAACUGAUUGAAAGGACUAUGAUGGUCAACUGCCAUGCCCAUUUCUGGACCACCAAGGCGUUUCUUCCCAAGAUGCUGGAGUUAAAUGAAGGGCAUAUUGUAACUGUAGCCAGCUCCUUGGGUCUGUUCACCACGGCUGGCGUGGAGGAUUAUUGUGCAAGCAAGUUUGGUGCUAUAGGCUUCCACGAGUCCUUGAGCCAUGAGUUAAAGGCGGCCAAUAAAGACGGGAUUAAAAUGACCCUGGUCUGUCCAUUCCUGGUGGACACAGGCAUGUUCAAAGGCUGCAGAAUCAGGAAAGAAAUUGCACCUUUCUUCCCCCCACUGAAGCCCGAGUAUUGCGUGGAACAGGCUAUGAGAGCCAUUCUCACUGACCAGCCAAUGGUCUGCACACCACGUGCUAUGUACGUGGUCAGCUUCAUGAAAACGGUUUUGCCAUUUGAUGCUAUCGUGUGCAUGUACCGCUUCAUUGGUGCAGAUAAAUGCAUGUAUCCCUUCCUGGCUCAUCGGAAAGAAUCCACAAACAACAACGAGUCAAAAACUGGAAUAUAAUCGACUGGAUUUCUAAAAUGAUGGCUGCUAAUCACCCAAGACAAGCUUGGCAUUGGAGACUUCCUUAAUUUUGCAUUGGAGCUAUAAAGGCUAAUGUAGCUAACAAGCAGUGGAUGCUUAUAGCCACCAGUUAGCAUUGUGCUAACCUCAGUGUUAAGCUGUUAAGUGAUCUCAGAUCGACUUGUUAACUACAUAAGCCUUGUAGCUCCAAAACUAAAGAAGCAACAUCGGACACCACAUUUUGCCGAUUCAUCUGAAUCACUGCUUUAAGCACAGCAUGAAUGAACACUAACACUGGUUCUCUGAUGAAGAGUUGGUGCUCAGUAACAUGCUGGAACAAAUACAGACUGUAAACCACUACACGGAAAUGUUUGUACACAUGUUAAGCUGUCUAUUUCGCUGCUUUUAAGCCAGCUAAUGUCAUACUCUGAUCUCAAAUGCACAGAUCAGCUCUGAUGAUGCAAUAUGCAGUAUGUUACUGUAAGGAUGUACAGUAGGGCCUAUCUUAUUUAUAGAUAAUCAUGUAUAAUUUGUACUUUUGCGUCCACCUCAACAUGUUUACGGGCCUUCUAGCUGAGGCCUUGUGGCUUUAGUCAUUGUAUUUUUUUGAAAACACGACAAAUGUGUGGUGCAUUAAGAGACGCAUCGCACAGGAUUUGUUACAAUUAAAAUUUGACGCAAUAAAAAAGUCUUUAACUUA